AUGACAAUAAAGAAGGAAGAAAUUGUUCAGGAGGUCGAAUUUAAGACGGGACGACAUCAAGGAUAUGUUAAAAGAUACUAUGUACCAAAGACCAUCAUAAAGAAGGUUCCAGUUCCUAUAAUCAAACGUGUUCCUGUUUAUAAAACCAUCAUCAAAAGAAUUCCUAUCAUCAAAAAAGUUCCUGUACCGAUAAUUCGUAAAGUUCCUGUAUACAGGAAGGUAGAAGUCGUUAAACAAGUACCGAAAGUUAUCAGAAAGACAGUUCAUGUACCAAGACCAGUUAAAGUUGAGGUCCCUGUGAGGGUCCCUUAUCCCGUGGAGGUCCCGGUGGAGGUUCCUGUCAAAGUCCCAGUUGAGAAACCAAUCCCAGUUCCUGUACCGGGAGGUGGUAAACCAGGCAUUCAAUUGCCAGGUGUGGACAUAGGUUUUAUUGACGGUCCAGGAGGCAAUUUUGAUCUUGGUGGAGGGCAUGGCGAUUUUGGACCGGGAGGUCCUGAUUUCGGAUUUGGCGGUCCUGGCGGGCUAGAUUUUGGAGGACCAGGCGAUAUGGGAGGACAUGAUAUCAACCUGGGUCUAGGAGGAGGCCCUGCAGGAGUGGUGGAUAAAGGACAUGGAGGUGGUGGCGGCGGCGGAGGAGGAGGAGGAGACAUUAAUAUUGGACUCGGUUUUGGAAUAGGCGAUGGCAUCGGAAAGGGAAGUGCAGGGAACGGCGCCGCCAUAGGUGUAGGUGGAGGCCCAGCAGGUGCGUGGAACGGACCAGGAGAUGGUCUAGCUCUUGGAGCAGGGGGUCCAGAUGGGGCAAUGGGAGUGGGUAUAGGUACCCCCGGGGGAAUGUCUAUUGGCGCUGGGUUCGGGAGACCAGACUCUGGUGGAGGGAUCGGAAUCACCUCAGGACUUCAUGGUGGGGGAGUAGGUAUUGGGGGCGGGAAUCAGGGAGGGGGUGGUGGGGCUUUGGGUGGAAAUGCUGGCGUUGGAUUUGGAUUAGGACAAGGAAAGAACGCCAUUGGACUUGGAAUGGGAUUAGAUCAAGUUGCAAAUACUGUCAUGAUUUCUGAUGCUGAUAACGUGCAUAUCGGAGGUGGAAUGGGUAAUGGAAAGAACAUAAUCGUCUCUGACGCUGAUAAUGUUGGUAUCGGAGGAGGAAUGGAGGGAGGAUUCGAUCCAUCAAUGGUUGCACCUGUCGCUAUAUUAGGCGUUCAAGACUCUGCUGGAGCUCCUUUCGGAGGCAACGGAUGGGAUAACGGUCAUGGAGGUUUUGAUAACGGUUUCAGCAAUGGACAUUUCGCCGGAGGUAAUGGGUUCGAUUCAUUAGAUAACGGUCUAGGUGCCAUUGUAGCCGGUGGAGCUGGACAAGCGCCCCUCAAAAAGGGUAAUCUUUAA